AUGUAUUUUUUUUUUAAAUUUUGGAGAUUCCCCAUGGCGUUUUUCACACCCAUCGUUACAAUAAAUGAAACGCCACCGGAACCCACACCUAAACCGCCGAAAGUCAAGAAGAUAAAAAUAAAGAUCGAUGGUAACAAGCAAGGAGCGAUUUCUGGUGAAAUAGUCAAACCAAAACGAGGCAGGCCUCGAAAGACUCCUGACAGUAAUAAGGUAAAAGAUGAGAUAGAUGAUCCGCCGUGGGCAAAAUUAAAAGACACGAAAAAGAAGAAUAAGCACGGCGACCCUGAACCAGAGACUGUGCAGAGAAGAUCUUCCAGGAGAAAAACACAGAUAGUGAUCAAAGAAGAAACGUCAGAUGAAGAAACUGUAAAGAUUAAAGAAGAACCCAAAGAUGAAAUCGCCGAAGGCGAGACAGUAGAAAUUAAAAAGGAGAUUAAGGAAGAGCCUACGGAUUCAAUUGAGUUACCUGUAAUACUGCCUCUAUCAGAAGAAGAGUAUAGAGCACUUAUGCCCACUGACUCUGAAGAAGAUAAGAAGUUCAAAUGCCCUUUGUGCUUAAAAGAAAAACAGGAUGAAACUGAAAGGUAUCCCAAAGAAUUGAAGAUGCACUAUAAAGAACAACAUCCAGAAGACAUUGCAUUACUGUCUCACUUCAGCACUUGA